GCUGCCCCGGGCCCCCGCCCUCCGCCAUCUUCCGCCCCGCAGGCGCGGCCGGGGCCAGGGCCGGGCCGAGGCGAGGCGGCGCAGGCCCGGGCCCGGAGAUGAGGCCAGGAUGUCGGUGUCAGGGCUCAAGGCCGAGCUGAAGUUCCUCGAGUCCAUCUUCGACAAGGACCACGAGCGCUUCCGCAUCGUCUCCUGGAAGCUGGACGAGCUGCACUGCCAGUUCGUGCUCCUGCCGCCGCCGCCGGGCUCCGGCCCGCCGCCGCCGCCGCCGCUCACCAUCCACUGCAACAUCACGGAAUCUUACCCCUCUUCAUCACCAAUAUGGUUUGUGGAAUCAGAUGACCCAAACCUGACUUCAGUCUUGGAGCGUUUAGAAGAUAUUAAGAAGAGCAAUACUCUGCUUCUCCAGCAACUGAAGCGAUUAAUAUGUGACCUCUGCAGAUUGUAUAAUCUUCCUCAGCAUCCAGAUGUUGAAAUGUUAGAUCAGCCAUUGCCAGCUGGACAGAAUGGAACAACAGAAGAAGUUACGUCGGAGGAGGAGGAGGAGGAAGAUAUGGGUGAAGACAUUGAAGAUCUGGAUCACUAUGAUAUGAAGGAGGAGGAACCAGCUGACGGGAAGAAAUCCGAGGAUGAAGGCAUUGAAAAAGAGAACCUUGCAAUCUUAGAAAAAAUUCGAAAAAAUCAAAGGCAAGAUCACUUAAAUGGUGCAGUCUCUGGGUCGGUUCAGGCUUCAGAUCGACUUAUGAAGGAACUCAGGGAUAUAUAUAGAUCACAGAGUUAUAAAACAGGGAUAUAUUCGGUGGAACUGGUAAAUGACAGCUUGUAUGAAUGGCAUGUUAAGCUUCUAAAGGUUGAUCCUGACAGCCCUCUGCAUAGUGAUCUUCAGGUCUUAAAAGAAAAAGAAGGUGUCGAAUACAUUUUACUCAACUUCUCUUUUAAGGAUAACUUCCCUUUUGAUCCUCCCUUUGUGCGAGUAGUAUCUCCUGUGCUCACGGGAGGAUAUGUCCUAGGUGGAGGUGCAUUAUGCAUGGAACUUCUUACUAAGCAGGGCUGGAGCAGUGCCUAUUCAAUAGAAUCAGUCAUCAUGCAGAUCAAUGCCACUUUAGUCAAAGGAAAAGCCAGAGUUCAGUUUGGAGCCAAUAAGAAUCAAUAUAACCUAGCAAGAGCACAGCAGUCCUAUAAGUCACUAGUACAAAUACAUGAGAAAAAUGGCUGGUACACUCCUCCAAAAGAAGACGGUUAAUACUGAGGACUGUUGUAUACCUGGACCAAUGCCAACAAAAAAGAGCUCUUUUUAAUGUUUUCCAACACACAGACUCGAGCUAUGAGUGCCCCUAUAACAGCCGUACUGAAGACUUUAGCUAUUAGAUAAGUUAGUGGAUAAUCUGUCAACUGACACGUCAAGUAUAAGUUGCAGCCUUACCAUUCCGCUCUUCUUAGGCAUCUUGGACUGAGCAGUCUGGGCCUUUGCUGUAUUUGUUCUUCAUGGAUUAAGCAUAUUUGGGCCACUCCCUCCUUUCUCCCUUUUUUUUAAUUUGGAAGUGCAAGCUCGCUGCAGUGGGCUGCUGCGUUCCCGAGGAGCGCUGAGCAGGAGUCGGUCACGCACUUCUUUUGUGCAUUUCUUACCUUUUGCAGGAUGCAGACCGCCGAGACUUGAGUUGUGUUGUUUCAUUUAAAGUCAGGAGGUUUCAUAUGUUGUUUAAUACUGUUAUAGGAAAUGUCAGACCUUGCAAAUCACAGUAGUUUUUCUGGUCUAAAAAUGACAGCGUUUGUAGUAUUUCCAAAUUAAUGAUAUAGGAAAAGCACAUGUAUGUUAAGUCAUUAAACAUUUUCAUGGCUGUAUGAGAAUACGAACUAUUUCUUGGAAGAGAUGCUCAUGGUCAGAUGGUUUUGCCCUCCUUUUCCCCGUCAAGCAGUGCAGGCGGUGCCGCUGCAGCUGUCAGCUCCCGGGCGCCGCUGUGCUCCGCUGCUGCGGGCGGCUCCCUCUGCUGAAGCUGCGCGGCCGCAGGCUGAGGAUCGAAGUUAUUUAAAUUACUAAAAAAAAAAAACCUUUUUAGGUGAUCCAUUUUAUUAACGGGUUGUUGCAAUCAUUUGUAAACUAAUGAACUGAUAAAGCGAUUGAUUGGCACAAAGCGA